CCAGAGAGAUGACAAGGGGAAAAUUCCUGAACAUUCUAGAAAAGCCCAAGAAGUAGCGACUGCUCGCGGACUGGUGGUCUGAAGACUAACCAAGUUCCCUUCCCAAUGUAGCUCUGAUGAUGCCCACCACGUGCUUCCUUGGGAGAGGCUGGAGACUGAGCUUCGAGGACCGCCCUUCUCCCCUGCUCCUGGCACUCUGCGCCUCUGAGGACAUUUGGUAGCAAGAGAAGAAUCUGUUCUACUCAAGGAUCAUUGCUGUUUACUGAGUCAGCUUUGUAGCCCUGGAUAUUGGCUACCACUCUCUGGAGGUCCUGUCCUUCUGAAAGGUUGUUUCCAGGAGCUCUGGGGUCUUAUAGUUACUUUGACUCUAAUGGCAAAGUCAUGUUGAUUGAAUGGGCUCUGUUGAGUUGUACUUGACCUCUUCAGAAGCAUUCAUGAUGAGGACAGCAGAGACCAGCUGCAUUCUGGACCAGACCAUGCAUCCUGAGCUGUGAACUCUAAGAUCUAAUGGAGUCUAUGACUUCCAUUCUGGAGGAAGCGGGGUCUUCUUGAAAUGUGCACCUGCUUUUUGAAGUCUAUACCUCCAGUGACACUCCCUCCCUUAACACUGUCUGUUCCCUACCUCCCAGUCCCAGCCUGUAGGUCUGACUCCAGACAAGUGGAACUCCUGUAAUGUCUCUCUGCAGGGACUAGCUUCUAGAGUGAAAGGCUCAUGCUGUGUCCUUCACCUUGAGUCCUAGACCUCCAGACCAGUAUGAAGGUAACAGCAGGAACUCUGGUUAGUCUGUUAUAUUUGUAAGUGAAACAGUAAGCAUGACUGGAUAGUGGGAGGGCAUGGCUGUGGGAGUUCCCAUUUGACUGAAAACAAGAAGCCCUGACUGACCUAGUGUGUGAGGGCAGAUGGUAGCAGGGUUCUGUCUCCUUUCCCUCCUCUCAGCCACAUAUCAGAUAUUUCACUUAUGUGCUGAAACACACCCACAUGAAAAUGUCCUGGCUUAAAUACAGCUCUCGCAGAUUUUUUUGCUAGUUGUAUGUAUCUGCUAAAAUCUGAAAAUCUUGCCCAUGGGUGAAAUCAGUUAGACCUAGUCUUUCACAGUUUGAAAAGUGCAGAGUUCCCUAAACAUUAUAGGAAGAAAAAAAUCUCUGUGGUCAUUGUCCACUGGGAAUGUGGCCCCAGGAAAAGUUGUGGUCAAGUUUGUGGUCUUGUAUCUGUUAGGGCGCAGUACUCUUCAGGUUCACAGCAGGUUUCUUGACCAUUUUUUGAUAUCUGUGCCUAAUGCUAGAAUUGAUAAUCAGAUUUUCCCCCUUGUUAAUGCUACUAGAUCAACACAAUUUUACUUUUGAAAGGAAAAGGCAAUGAAAUAUGUACCGGAACAUAUAAGCAUGAUAAAACCAUUCUGCUGGGUUCUCCCUACAAGGGCCAGUUGAUUUUAAGCUUAAGUCUAUGAUUGACACUUUUUAAUCUCACUGAAUGCAGUUAAAGUGAGUGUGUGCAAGUGAGCGGAGAAUAAUGCCGUAAUGUCAAUUUUUUUCGUCACUCUGUUUUUGAGAGUUGAUGACAUCAGGCACUUUUCCAAGUUUGGGGAAAUUGAAAGCAUGCCGAGAAUGCUGGGUUAGCUCCCCCAAACAAACUCGAGUCUGUAAUGGGAGGCCAAUAGUUGGUGUUCUGAUCUGCUGUGGCCUCCUUCUUUUACUCUCGUCCUGGUCACCAGCACUUAAGUAAGUAGAUGUUUUAGAAUUGUGAUAUUUAUUGUUUUUGUAUUGUCAUCCUUAGAAAUGUUAAUGAUGUAUUUUUAUAUUGCUAAUAUAAAUAUGUACGGUAUGUAUAUGUAUUUUAGAAUGUUAGAGGAUACUUUGUGAAUAAUGUUGUGUCUUGAUAAUAAAUAUGUCCCUUGUA